GUAACAAUAAAUGGGAAAACGCACGGUUUCUUGAGCUCGAGUUUUCGUAAUUGGAGGAGAGAGAGAGAGAGAGCGGGAGCGGGAGCGGGACAGGUGCUUCUUCGAACCGAGAAUGGCUGCAAAGAUUCUUGCAAACUUGAUUGUGAUGGGAUCUGGAAUUUUAGCCCGGGCUUUAGUCCAAGCCUAUCGUCAAGCACUUACAAAUGCCUCUAAGUCUGGUGUUGCCCAAGAAACCAUACAGAACACAAUCCGUCGGGGAAGUAAAGCCAUGGGAGAGCAAGAAGCAAGACAGAUAUUGGGUGUCACAGAACAGUCAACGUGGGAUGAAAUUGUCAAGAGGUAUGAUGUUUUAUUUGAAAGAAAUGCUGCUAGCGGAAGCUUCUACCUCCAGUCUAAGGUUCACAAAGCUAAGGAAUGCUUAGAAGCGGUACACCAAAAACAAAGCCAAUCAGCUGCCUAGUUGAUUUUGACGUUGAUUGGGCAAUACUGCUGAGUUAUUAAGGAGCAAUGAAAAGAUACGCCUUAUCUUCUCUCAUGGGAAGAUGUUCCAGUGCAAGCUGUACUGAAAAUGUGAUAUACAAAACUGUCGGGUACUGAGGGCAACCAUCCAAAAUAUGGAGAUCCCGACGAAAAGAUGCACAACAAAUUCUUUGAUUGAGAAAGAAGGUGCUGCCUCUGGUAUCAUAUGAAUAGGAUCGUGCAGAAAAAGUCUAUUACAAUAUUAUUUGUUAAAGAAAACAUUUGAUGUUUCUGUUUGGAACUCUCUAGUUGAAUCUCAUACGUUGAAAUUUGGGUUCUA